UCCUUCUUCACGCUCCACAGCUUCUUCUUCUGUAACACCUGAAAGUUUUCCAACAGCACUUUAUAUACAAGUCUUGAGCUUUGGAAUUGAAGCUAAAUAUUGCAAACAGAAAUAGAGAGAGAUGGGAUGUUCUAAUUCAAAGUUAGGUGAGGAUGAAGCUGUUCAGAUCUGCAGAGACAGGAAACGUUUCAUCAAAGAAGCAGUGGAACACAGGACAAGCUUUGCUUCUGCCCACAUUGCCUAUAUCCACUCUCUAAGAAAGGUUUCAGAUGCUCUCCGCGAAUACAUAGAAGGAGACGAGCCACACGAAUUUCCACUGGACACAUUUGUUACUCCAGUGAAGAGAAUGACCAGCUCAGACGGUUUCAUAGAGUUAUCUCAGAGCAAGGUCGAAUCAAAACUAGAAGUCAGUUACCUGAUGGCUAGUGGAACCAGACCGGUUCAGGUUGAAGAAAAGCCUCCUAGAUCACCUGAGACUUACCACGUUGAGACUUAUGGAGCAGAUAGUUUCUUGGGGAUGAACAUGAACAUGAACUCGCCUGCAGCACACAAUAACAGUUCUAGCAUACCACUUCCUUCACCACAGAACUCUCAAUGGGACUUCUUUUGGAACCCAUUCUCUUCACUGGACUAUUACGGAUACAACUAUGAUAACCGGAGAGGUAUGGAGGAUGAGGUGAGGAGAGUUCGUGAGGAAGAAGGGAUCCCUGAUCUUGAAGAAGAUGAAUCAUCUCCAAGGUUUCAAGAUCAUCAUAACAUCAUGAAAGUUACAGAAGACUGUAAAACGGAUCAAGAAGGCAAUGUUAGUGAGGUCGAAACUCAAGAACAAGAACAAGGAAACAAUGUGGUUACAAGAGGUGAUGCAAAAGGAGAAGAGACACAAGGCUUCACUGUGUACUUGACUCGUAGGUCGACAAGCAUGGGAGAAGUUAUCAAAGAUCUUGAAGAUCAGUUUGAGAUCAUAUGUAGUGCUGCUAAUGAAGUUUCAGGUUUACUUGAAGCUGGUCGAGCUCAGUACAUAUCUUCUAAUAGUGAACUCAGCGCCAUGAAAAUGCUGAAUCCAGUAUCUUUGUUCUCAUCAAGAUCUUCUUCCUCCUCAUCAAGAUUCUUGAUCACCUCUGAAAGCAGCAGCAGUGAGUUUUCAGAAGAGUCUUGUAUGCUUUCUGGUAGCCAUCAAUCAACAUUGGACCGGCUUUACGCGUGGGAGAAGAAACUCUAUGAUGAAGUUAAGUCUGGAGAAAGGAUAAGGAUUGCAUACGAGAAGAAAUGUUUAGCCUUAAGGAACCAUGAUGUGAAAGGAGACAACUCUUCUUCAGUUGACAAGACAAGAGCUACAAUGAGAGACUUGCACACUCAGAUGAUGGUCUCAAUACACUCAAUAGAAUCUAUCUCCGAAAGGAUUGAGACUUUAAGAGACCAAGAACUGCUUCCUCAGCUUCUUGAGCUUCUUCAAGGAUUAGCUAGGAUGUGGAAAGUGAUGGCAGAGUGUCACCAGAUACAGACGCGAACGUUGGACGAAGCCAAGCGAUUAUUUGCUGCAACCAUGCUCAAGAAGAGACAACAGAGUUCAUUACCGGAGGUCAACACUCAGAGACUAGCUAGGUCUGCUUUAAACCUAGUGGCUCAGCUAAGAAACUGGAGAGUUUGCUUCCAAGCAUGGAUCACUUCCCAGAGAUCAUACGUUUUGUCUUUAACCGGUUGGUUACUCAGAUGUUUCAGAUGCGACCCUGAUCCGGAGAAAGUGAGACUAACAACUUGUCCUCACCGGAUCUAUGAAGUGUGCAUUGGAUGGUCAAGGCUGCUCAACGGGUUGAACGAGAAGCCUGUGGUGGAUAAACUCGAUUUCUUUGCAUGUGGGAUGGGUUCGAUCUUUGCUAGGCAGCUUAGGGAAGAAGAUCAGUCUCAGGGGAGAGAUGGUUCGAGGAGCAUGGAGCUUGUUGAAGCUGACAAGGUGGAGGAAGAGGAGGAGAGGAUGAUGAAUGCUGAAAAACUGGCUGAGAUUGCAGUUAAGGUACUCUGCCAUGGGAUGUGUGUUGCAGUGAGCUCACUUGCUGAGUUUGCAAUCAGCUCGGCUGAUGAACACUCCAAGCUCGUUAACCAUCCAGAGGAGGCCACGUCAGAGCAGCAGCAUCAGGAGCAAACUGGGAUGUAAACUGUUCUGUUCUCAAUGUCUUAUUUAUUCAUUUAUUUGUUUUUUUUUUCCUUUAUGUUAAGGUAGAAGUUUAGUAUCUUAGGUUAGUUGCUAUCAAAAGAUGGUGUAGAUGGAUGGAUAGGGUUAGUAUCCAUGUCGUCACUAUCUCUCUUGAUCGUCUUCUCUUAUUGGUCAACU